GAGUUAGUGAUAAAAAGUAAACAUCAAAAUGCAUCGGCGAGGCGGGAAACGCAUCCGAAUGGAUGAUCCUCCUCCGGAGUAUGUCAAUCCUAUGACUCCCGCGACUCCCAUGACGGAUUAUGGAGGACAAUCGGUACAUGAACCAGAAACUCCUAGUUACUCAGGGUUUAAUGUGGGUGCUGUCGCGAAUUCUACAACAACGGUUGCUGGUAGAGAAGAAAGUGAGGAUCAGCACGAGGAAGAGACGAGAUCACCUUCACCAGCGCCCACUAAACGAAUCACACGAAGCAGAGGUCGCGGUGGUGAUGGUGGCUACGUGGGAAGGUUGGCUGAGUCUCCACCUCCACCGCCACUGCGCAGGCGCGGGCGUGGCGGCAGAGGACGAGGCCGCGGCAGAGGCGCUGCUCCUCCGCCAGCGUACUCGCCCCCACCUGUUCUAUUGCCUGGAGAUGAUGAAAAUAGUCUUUACAAUAUUCUUCGCUUCAAUAAAACUGCUAUAAAUCAAGUAGUGGACAUGUGGAUAGAGGAAUACAAGAGCAAUCGUGAGAGUGCACUGGUGCAGUUGAUGCAAUUUUUCAUAAACUCGUCAGGCUGCCGUGGUAAGGUCACACCUGACAUGGCACAGAUGGACCACACCCUUAUCAUCAAGAAAAUGACACAGGAGUUUGAUGAGGAAAGUGGGGAAUAUCCUCUGAUCAUGACAGGACAGACUUGGAAGAAGUUCCGCUCUAACUUCUGUGAAUUCAUUCAGACCCUGGUGAAGAUGUGUCAGUACUCUAUCAUAUAUGACCAGUACCUGAUGGACAACAUCAUCUCCUUGCUCACUGGUCUAUCAGAUUCACAAGUGAGGGCAUUCAGGCAUACCGCUACACUUGCUGUGAUGAAGCUGAUGACGGCGCUGGUAGACGUGGCGCUGCUCACGAGCGUGAACUGCGACAACUGCCUGCGCCAGUACGAGGCGGAGCGGCUGAAGGCGCGCGACAAACGCGCCAGCGAGCGGCUCGAGGUGCUGGUGGCCAAGCGGCAGGAGCUGGAGGAGAACAUGGAGGAGAUCAAGAACAUGCUCUCCUACAUGUUCAAGUCCGUCUUCGUGCACCGCUACAGGGAUACUUUACCUGACAUAAGGUCUAUCACAAUGUCAGAAAUAGGUAUCUGGAUGGAGAAGUUCCCCGCACAUUUUCUAGACGACUUGUAUCUUAAAUACAUUGGAUGGACUCUCCACGAUAAAGUGGGUGAAGUUCGCUUACGAUGCCUACAAGCUCUGCAACCGCUGUACGAGUGUGAAGAGCUCAAGGGCAAGUUGGAGCUGUUCACGUCUAAGUUCAAGGAUCGCAUCGUGUCCAUGUCGCUCGACAAGGAGACUGAGGUCGCCGUGCACGCCGUGAAACUCGUUAUUGCGAUACUCAAGAUGCACCCCGACGUGCUGACGGACAAGGACUGCGAGAACGUGUACGAGCUGGUGUACUCGUCGUGCCGCGGCGUGGCGGCGGCGGCGGGCGAGUUCCUCAACGUGCGCCUGUUCCGCGCCGACGACGCGGCGCCGCCCGCGCGCUCGCGCCGCGGCAAGCAGCGCCUGCCCAGCACGCCGCUGGUGCGCGACCUCGUGCAGUUCUUCAUCGAGUCGGAGCUUCACGAACAUGGCGCUUACCUCGUGGAUUCGUUAAUAGAAUCAAAUCCCAUGAUGAAAGAUUGGGAGUGCAUGACUGAUUUAUUGCUGGAAGAAGCGGGGCCAGGCGAGGAGGCUCUCGACAAUAGACAAGAGUCGUCGCUGAUCGAGCUGAUGGUGUGCUGCGUGCGGCAGGCGAGCACGGGCGAGCCGCCCGUCGGCCGCGGCGCCUCGCGCAAGCACCACCACGUCAUGUCCAAGGAGCAGGCCAAGAUGGUGAGCGACGACCGCGCCAAGAUGACGACGCACUUCAUGGUGACUCUGCCGGCGUUGUUGGACAAGUUCGGCGCCGACCCCGAGAAGCUCACCAAUCUGGUGGCCAUUCCGCAGUACUUCGAUCUGGAGCUCUACACCACGCAGCGACAGGAGGGCAACCUGACGCUGCUGCUGAACAAGAUCCGCGAGAUCGUGAAGGUGCAGACGGAGGCCGAGGUGCUGGAGACGUGCGGGCGCACGCUGGAGGUGCUGUGCAGCGAGCAGCACGCCGUGUACACGCGCUGCAACGUGGCGCGCGCCACCGUCACCGACACGUGCGUCAACCGCUACAAGGAGGCCAUCGACGACUACCGCAGCCUCGUCGAGGGGGGGGAGACGCCGGACGCGGACGAGGUGUUCAACGUGAUCAACUCGCUGCGCAAGGUGUCCAUCAUGUACAUGUGCCACAACCUCAACGACACCAACAUCUGGGACUCGCUGUUCGAGGACCUGCCGCGCUGCGUGGCGCCCGAGGGCGAGGGCGAGGGCGAGGGCGGGGGCGCGGCGGCCGAGCCCGCCAUGCCGGUGCAGGCACUGGUGUACGCGCUGCGCGCCUGCUUCUACUCGCUGCUGUGGGCGCUGCACGAGGCGGAGGAGCGCGGCGAGGCGGGCGGGGCGGGCGCGCUGGGCGAGCGGCUGGCGGCGUACGCGGCGCUGUGCCGGCGCGUGGCGGCGCGCGGCGCGGCGCCCGAGCUGCGCGAGGAGGCCUACGUCAGCCUGUGCGACCUGCUGCUGGUGUUCGCCGAGCGCCGCGCGCCCGCGCCCGCGCUCGAGCCCGACCCCGCGCUCUGCGACCUGCUCAACGCCUUCGUGCAGGAGGUCGUCUUCGUGCACCACAACUACGACGGUCAAGAUGAGAGACGUAUUGAGGAAUUGCACAAGAGGAGAAACUUCCUCGCGGCGUACUGCAAGCUCAUCGUAUACAACGUGGCGCCCAUCCGGCGCGCCGCGGACGUCUUCAAGCAUUACAUCAAGUGCUACAACGACUACGGCGACAUCAUCAAGGCCACGCUGAGCAAGGCGCGCGAGAUGAACAAGCUGAGCUGCGCGCUGAGCAUGCAGCUGGCCAUGCAGGCGCUGUACGGCGAGCUGCUGGCGCGCCACGCCGCGCCCGGCCGCCAGCUGCCCGAGUUCCUGGAGCUCAAGGAGCUGGCCAAGCGCUUCGCCGUCAUGUUCGGCCUGGACGCCGUGAAGAACCGCGAGGCGCUGACCGCGCUGCACCGCGCCGGCAUCGCCUUCGCGGCCGCCGACGCGCCGCGCAACCUGCUGUUCCUCGAGCCGCUGGCCGAGUUCUCGGGCAAGCUGCUGCGCCAGGACAAGCGCACCGUGCUCAAGUUCGCGGAGUCGCGCUUCUCCAGCAUGCAGUGGGGCGAGGAGUGGGCGCCGCUGCUGGCCUACCGCAACUCGCUGCUGACGGACGCGCCCGACGAGCGCCCGCCGCCCGCGCGCCGCCACUACACGCGCCGCCAGCGCGGACAGAACGAGGAGGAGGAGGGCGACGACAACGCGGACUCGGACGCUGAGCCCGUGUGAGCUCGCCGAGCUCCAGUGGAG